GGUCGACGUCAUAGUAAACAGGAAGUUGUCUCGCCGGCUGCUGCGCGUGUGACAGCAACAUCUGUCAACAGGAAAAAAGGCCAUGGCGACAGACUCCUCACUUCUCAACUCCGAGCUGGAGCUACAGCAGCAAGAGGAGCUGUAUCAGCAGCUGCUGUUGCAGACAAUGGGACAGGUGCAAAGUGAAAAUCCAGACUCCAAAGUAAUCCGACCACAGCCUGGCAUGUGUGUGAAGACUCUGUCUCAGCCUGACAAGCAGAAGAUCUUCAUCAACAUCUGUCAGUCAAACUCGGUCCCGCCCCCUCCAGAGCUUUCCAAAGAGGAGCUUGUGGAGCUGCUUGAAUCAGAGGAUCCCACAGGUUACAGAGUGCCCAUGAGUCUAGGCGAGCCCCAUACAGAAAUAGACAACAGUUCCCAGGGAUGCACAGCCUAUGAUGUUGUUAUCAACCAAGAAUUUUUCAACAAGUGUCAGAAGGAUCCCCUAUUCCAGCAGUUCCUCAUCCUGGUGUCUUUGGAGGGUUUAGAGAACAAGUACAGCCUUGAGCUGAGCAGAGACUGGAAGGUGCUGAAAAACAGGAAGUUUUUUGGUUCUCUAAACGAGCAGAACAUCCGGACACGGAGCCGACCAGUCAUCCAAGAACUGCAGCCUCAGAAAUGCCCCACUGCUGCUGCCAAAAGACCUGAGUUCAGUUUGCUUGUGGAGCCCCCUGCUGGAGAUCCUGAGUACCUCAUAGCAGAAAUACAACUUCCAGGCGUGCCAUCGUCUCGAUCUCUGGUUCUGGACGUUGGAGAAGACCGGCUGGUGCUGACGGCUCGGCCCUCGCUCUUCCACCUUGACAUCUUCCACCCGUUUCUCAUUGACCAGGAGAAGAGUGUGGCACAGUACAACACUAACACACAGAUCCUUACAGUGACCAUGCCCGUAGUUUCUUCAUGAAGCACCAAAAUCAAUGUGUCAUUAUUUUUUGCUGUUAUUAUGUUAUAAAAAUAAAGAUAUUAUUUUCAUAUAUUA